AUGGAUCCUCUCGAACAUGUCCUUGUGAACCUCUUGGGAGCAACAACGUUGGAUUCGUCGUACCGUCGGUUCUUUGAAGAGUAUGGGAUUACUCAGGCCAGUGAAUUGGCCUCAAUCACUGAACAUUGUCUUGCAAUGGUGUCUUAUGGCGUCUUGACCCCUGCUGUGGGAGACGGCCCUGCUUCAAUUGUUCGUACAUUCCUUCCGCCUGCGCAACAGGAUCGGAUUUUGAAGAUUGUACAAUGGUUCCUUUUGAAAGGCACCAAUGUGACAAACAACACCUGGCUUGAACUUACCUCUGAUGUUCUUGAGUAUUGGCAACCAGCCUCUGCUAUUGUUGCCCCCGCUACUCCUGUUGGAUCUGAUGCUCGGAGUUCCUUUGCCGAAAGUGCUGCUGCAAAAUUUCGAAAGACGAUCAAGAACCAUUCCGUCCCGUACCCAAAGUUCAGUGAGGACCGUUUUUGGGUUACUUGGAAUACGAAUAUUCGUAUUAAACUCCGUAUCCACGGUGUUCAGUUUGUACUUGACCCGGACUACUUGCCCCAGACCGUUGAUGAGAUGGACACGUUCGUUGAGAUGCAGAAUUUUGUCUUCGGUGUAUUCAACGACAUUUUGUUGACCCCUCGUGCGCGUGGGAUCCUCCACAAGCAUGUGGAUGAGCUGGAUGCUCAGUCGGUCUACCGCGACCUUGUUGCCUCGUACGGUAAAGGUAUUAACGCGCAGAUCACGGCUACAUCCAUUGAAACGAAGCUCACCUUGUAUUCGUUUGCGACUUCAAAGAGCAAAACUUGCGUUACUUUUUUGACAACUUGGCGCAAUUUGAUCUACGAUCUUGAACGGAUCAACAAGUUCCCUUUGCCAGAUCACCAAAAGAGCGUGCGACUGAAGUCAGCUGUCCGUUCCCAUCCUCAAUUGAAACUUUUCCUUGGCAAUGUGCAGCUUUACUCUUGUACCCAUGUGGGAAAGAGUUCCGACGACUCAGACUUCGAGUACGUCUAUGAUCUGAUGCUCGAGCAUGCAACCAAUAUUGAUCAGACCGAUUUUGAAGACCGCGGUAAUAACCGUGGUGGCCGUUCUGCAAACAACGCGAAGUCCCAGUCUUCUUCAAAGAAGAAAACUAACAAGCCGCUUGGUAAGAAGCACAAGAAUUAUGUGCCUCCUGAGAAAUGGAAUGCUCUCUCUCCUGAAGAGAAGCGCACCAUUAUGGACCAACGAGGACCUUGUCCUGCUGCAGCUCCAGCCUCUGCUCUGUCCGUGAAUGCCGCUGCUACUCAGCCUCCUCCCACCGUGUACGUGAGCGACUCGACGGCUGUGGAUAACCAAAGUCUUGCUUCGACUCAAGUUCCAAAUGCUGCUGCAUCCGGACACCUGCUACGGUCGCUAAUUUCAAAUUCUGCCGCUCGCCAGCCGUCCAACGGCGCAACCUCUGAUUCUUUUUCGGUGAAUGGUACCACGUACCGCCGUGAGGUAAACCAUGCCUCCGUCAGAUACCGUCUGUCUACUCACGAUGUUUCUUUGACUAAAGAUUCUUUGAUUGAUGGUGGUGCCAAUGGUGGCCUUAGCGGCUCGGAUGUGACCGUUAUUUCCCAAUCUCUGUCGCAAGCUACUGUUUCUGGGAUUGGAAACUCGGAGCUCACCAACCUUCGUCUGUCGACGGUUGCCGGACUCAUCCACACCACGGAUGGUCCUAUCAUUGGAGUGUUUAAUCAGUAUGCUCAUCUUGGUACUGGUAAUACCAUUCAUUUGUGCAACCAAAUGCGCUCCUGGGGAGUCACAAGUAUUGUCACGUCCGAUGGCCGUUUUGUCAUCCCGCUUUCAGUUUCUGGCGGACUCACCUAUUUGUCUAUGCAGGCCCCCACCGAGGAGGACCUGGACAAUUUCGAGUGGGUUCAUUUUACCGCCGACAACGAGUGGGACCCGAAUGGCGUGUCUUCUCUCCUGCUGCGACCGAUGAUGAUCUCAGUUUGCAGCUUUCUGCCGACCAUGUUCCGGGAUGAACGCUUCAACAACUUUGGCCUUCUUGCGCACUCCACGGUUGUCAGUCGUUCCCCCUUGAACGCCGAUGUCUUGCAACCCAAUUUUGGAUGGGUCCCCAGCGCUCGAAUCUCCCGCACGUUCGAAAAUACCACACAAUUUGCUCGUGCCGAUGCUCGUUUGCCUUUGCGCAAGCAUUUCAAGUCGCGCUUCCCUGCUGCCAAUGUUUCUCGUUUGAACGAAAUUGUGGCAACCAAUACUUUUUUCUCGGAUACCCCUGCGGCCGAUGACGGCAUUUUCAACCAUGGGGGGGGGGGGGGGCGCAAAUCUCAGUUUGCCCAUGCUUUCGAGGACUUUAUUUGUACCCAUGGUGCUCCCAAUGCACUCCUCAGCGACAAUGCUCGUGCUCAGAUCGGUAAGCAGGCGCUUCAGAUUUUGCGAAUGUACGCAAUUGACGAUAUGCAGUGCGAGCCGCAUCACCAACACCAGAACUACGCGGAACGCCGCAUUCAGGAAGUGAAAAAGAUGGUAAAUACCAUCAUGGAUUGUACAAACACUCCUCCGGAGUAUUGGUUGCUUUGCUUAUUUUAUGUGACCUACUUGCUGAAUUGCCUUGCAGUUGAGAGCUUGAAUUGGCGUACCCCGUUGCAAGUUGCGUACGGCCAGCGUCCUGAUAUUUCCGCUUUGCUCCUUUUUCGUUGGUUUGAGCCGGUCUACUACUACGACCCUGACCAUGCAUCUUUCCCGUCGCAAUCUCGCGAGAAGACUGGUCGUUGGAUUGGUGUUGCCGAACAUAAAGGUGAUGCUUUGACUUAUUGGAUUUUGACCGAUAAUACUCACCAAGCCGUUGCCCGUUCUGUUGUUUGUUCAGCCAACGUUGAUAACGGUCUGAAAAACCACCGUGCUGCGAAUUCCUCUCCCGAUGGUGGGGAGCCUUCGAAUCCUAAGCCUAUUGUGUUGGCUUUGAGUGAUCUACGCAAUCCUGCUGCGAUCAACCCAUCGCUCUUUGAAUCCCCUGCGUUUUCUCCUGACGAAUUAAUUGCCCCUGAUGGCCAGAGCCACCGAGCCCUUGUUGCUCGUAAAAUUGUUGAUGCCGAUUCCGACAAUCGCCAAGCAAUCCGUUUCCUAUUGCAAAUUGAUGAGAAGGAUGCCGACGAGAUCAUUUUGUAUAAUGAACUCUGUGACUUGAUGGAAGCUCAGCAAACCGACCGUGUCACGAAUGGAAAUGUUGAAGGCCACUUCAAAUUUACUGGUGUCAUUGGACAUCAAGGACCGUUGCAACCGACUGAUGUAAACUAUAAGGGAUCGUCGUGGAAUGAUUUGGUUCAAUGGGAAGAUGGUUCCCAGACCUAG